CUCUGGGAGAAAUUCAGUCUGCUCCCGUUUUUGAGCCGCUAUGAUUUUCUUCCCCUCCUCCUCCUCCCUCCCUCCCCCCGGAAAAAAAAAGAAACUCGCGUAAUUCUCGAUGUUAUAUGGUGGGAAAAAAGUGCUCCCUGAGUUGUUUUUCGUUGUUUAAUGCUGGAAAUACAUGGUUUCGCAGUUGCACCUGGGUCGCCGGGGAGUCUGCUGUUCGCUGGUGGGAUUGUAUCCCGCUUUUGUCUGAGGAUCUGGGAUCAACAAGUGGGAAGCGGGCUGCCGGGAGUCUGACACACUUCCCGACCUCGGGCAUCGGAUCCGGGAGACGCGCAGGAGACCGAGCAAACCCAGCAGGACCCCGCCGGCCGCCACGAUGCUGCGCUUCCUGCGCCGGACGCUGGGGCGGCGGUCCAUGCGCACGCAUGCGGAGAAGGAGCGCCUGAGGGAGGCCCAGAGAGCCAGCACGCACAUCCCGGCCGCCGGCGACGCCAAGUCCGUCAUCACCUGCCGGGUGUCCCUGCUGGACGGCACCGACGUGAGCGUGGACCUGCCGAAAAAAGCGAAAGGACAAGAGCUGUUUGAUCAGAUCAUGUAUCACUUGGAUUUAGUCGAGAAGGAUUACUUUGGUCUCCGGUUUAUGGAUUCAGCGCAAGUCCCGCACUGGCUGGACAACACAAAGAGCAUCAAAAAGCAAGUAAAAAUCGGCCCUCCCUACUGCCUCCACCUGCGCGUGAAGUUCUACUCUUCAGAGCCCAACAACCUGCACGAGGAGCUGACCAGGUACCUGUUUGUUUUGCAGCUGAAGCAAGACAUCUACAGUGGAAAGUUGGAAUGCCCCUUCGACACCGUUGUGCAGCUGGCCGCCUUCGCCUUGCAAGCCGAGCUGGGCGACUGCGACCCUGCGGAGCACCCGCAGGAGCUGGUGUCCGAGUUCCGGUUCCUGCCCGAGCAGACGGAGGACAUGGAGCUGGCCAUCUACGACAAGUGGAAGGAGUGCAGAGGCCAGAUGCCUGCACAAGCGGAGAUAAACUACCUGAACAAAGCCAAGUGGCUGGAGAUGUAUGGUGUGGACAUGCAUAUGGUGAAGGCCAGGGAUGGGAAUGAGUACAGCCUGGGGCUGACACCUACGGGAGUGUUGGUGUUUGAGGGAGACACCAAGAUCGGCCUCUUCUUCUGGCCUAAGAUAACCAGGCUGGACUUCAGGAAGAGCAAGCUCACUCUCGUCGUCGUGGAGGACGACGAACAGGGCAAGGAGCAGGAGCACACGUUUGUCUUCCGCAUGGACCAUCCCAAGGCCUGCAAGCACCUGUGGAAGUGUGCGGUGGAGCACCACGCCUUCUUCCGGCUGCGGGGCCCGGUCCAGAAGGGCUCUGCGCGCUCCGGGUUCAUCCGCAUGGGCUCCCGCUUCAGAUUCAGUGGGAAAACGGAGUACCAGACCACCAAAGCCAACAAGGCCAGGAGGUCAGCUUCCUUUGAGCGGAGACCGAGCAGGCGGUACUCCAGGAGGACCAUGCAAAUGAAAACUGCCAACAAAAACCAAGAGACAAAUGCACACAACAAUGGCGUCAAUCAAACCAGUGAUGCAAAGGCCCUGACCCCCCGCCUGGCCCUGCCCGUGGUCACCGCCGCGCCGGCCGCCCCUGUCCCGCUGGAAGUCCAAACCCUCCCCAGGAGUCCUGCAGCCGGCCACUCGGACAAGAGAAGUCUGCCACUUGUUGCUGAUUUGCUAGACUGCAAGGAUCUGUUGGAGACGUGUGUUGACGAGGUCAUCGGGGCACCAGUAACCAUGACAACUCCAGGCAUGCCUGACGAAGUAGGCCUCAGUGCCGCUCCCUCUGGAUCCAGUGAAAACGAAGAGGAGAAAAUCUCUCUGUGUGGCCCUGAAGAGGCAGCAGCAAAGCUGAAGCAGCUGGAAAUAGAGGCUGUAACAGCUGUCGCUCCCCACCGGUCCAACAUCAAUGUGAACGUGAACAGUCAGGAGGAGGUGGUGAAGCUGACUGAGAAGUCGCUGAACAACGUGACCAACAGCCCUGUCCUAGCUCCAGUGCGCCCCGCGCCGGAUCUGAAGAGCAACAUUCUGAAAGCACAGGCAGAGGCGGCUCUGAAGGUCACAAGAGAGGACGUUGCAGCUGCGGGGGACAAGAACUGCAACCUUCAGGAAGCUGCGGCCAGGAACAAGGGGAGCUUGGGGCGGCUGGGCAGCGCAUCCUCGCUGCCGGCGUGUGGGCGCGCCGAGCGGCUGGACUCCAGGGACCCGCUCAAGCCGAGCCCGCUGGCCUCCGCGGCCCCCAGCAAUGAGGUAAAGGGCAGCGCUGUUACUGAAGAUCAUGCCUCUUCCUCAGCUCCCUUGUUAACGCCUGAACCUGGCAGCGAGGCUGUGACCCUAAAGGCUAAAACUGAAGAACUGGACACCCUAAUUUCAUCUCUAACGGAUAAUCUAAUCGAUUUUACAGAUGCCGUCCCAUUGGUUCAGUCUAAGCUGAUAAUUGCUCCUAGAUGGAUUGUCCCAGCAGCUCCUUUACCGAUCUGCCGCUCUCUGUCAUCGGCUCAGGGUGGUGGCGUGUUCACGAAUGGCCUUUUCGACAGCGAUGGCAGCUUAUCUACAAAAAGCCCACAGCUGAACCCUGAGGUUGCCCCUCAGGCUGCACAGCCUCCUCUCCCCCACACUCCUGCUGUGUUGGCUGCCAGUACAGCGGGCAGCCCAGCCAAGGAGGAAGCAGCGAAGUCCAAGCGCCUGCUGACCACUGAGCUCUGAGAGAGGCGAGCAUUCCUCUUUUAAGCUCUUGAUCCGUACUACUGGUAUCUGCGUCACAGCUCGACUCCGUCACGGGACUCCGUGUUUCUCCACCUUGAGCGUUCCAGCAGGGGAGGGAGAGGGGAUCUCUCUCUCUCCAGCUGGAACAUGAGCAGUGAGCAGGACACUGGCCACAGGGAUUGUAAUACUUUUCUUUUACUGUAGGAACAUUGCGAAGGAAACGUUUUUAACACUGAUUAUAAGGUGCGCACCUGGACAGGUUUCCAAACCAAGAAAAUAACUCUGUAUUCCCUCUUCGCUGAACAUUCCGAUUCCUCCGGACUCUCCGCUCACUCUGUCCUGGCUCAGACGGGCGUGGCAGAGAUUCCCUGGGGCGAACACGGAGGCAGAGGAGGCUGGCGGGCUCCUGUCCAAGGCCCUCCUGCCCUGCCGGCCUCGUGCCUGAACUCGGCAGGCCUGGGAGGCCAUGCCAUCUGAUGACUGGGAUUUUUCUGCCGUUUUAAUUUGAUUUUAGGGAAAUGCAAACAAAUGUUUCCUGGAAAUGUUCAAGGUGCAUCUUUCUUUUAUUUUUGUUCUUUGUGAAGAGUCCCGAUGCUGAUCUCAGGCCUCGGGCUUCAGAAACCCCCCAGACUGGAACCACUGCUGGUACUGUAUGUGAGAAAUCUUAGCGUGCAACAAUGAGCCAUGGAAACUGGAAGAAUGGACUAGGUCUACACUGUACUUCUUAGUUUUUAUACUUUGCCUUAUUUAGUUUCUAGAACUAUGUAACUGUUUUUCUUUCUUAUACAUGUUAGCUACUAAGAUUUUGUAGCAUGUAGCACCUUUAGCAUCAACUAUGUAUGAUUCUAAAAAAAAACGUAAUCACUUAGUCUUCAUUGGUUAUAUAUACUGAGCCCUGGCAGCAGGAACAGCCUGUGCUGUUCCAGGCCCUCGCUCCGCUGCCCUGUGGCCGUGUGCAGUGGGAUUGUCCUCAUGCACGCACGCACUGGCCACUGGGCGGCAACUGUCCGUCCUCGGUGUCUGGACUCACUGCCGCUGGGACUGGCCUUGCAGAAAAUCAUUCCCAGCCAGCAGCAAGGUGCAGUGGCCUUCCGGUUGCUCGUUUCCACCCGGGCUGGACAUCGGAAGAACGGUUUUCAGCGCUUCGGCACGGGGCAGCCCUUGUCCAUCAGGCAGUGGGAAUGCUCGUCAGGGGUCGUCUUUUUACCUCUCUCCAUUUGGACAGUCCCUGCUAAUAGGCAGGGACAGAAUAUCUCGGGUCUGGGAGAUUCCAUCUGACUUCUCCCUCUGCUCUGCUGGCCAGCUGUGCAUCUGACGAGCUACCUGUUCCUGCCGGGACUGGUCGACGUCCGGCUGUCCUUUCUGCGUUGUUCAGAGCUGCCAGUCGUGCUCUCACACUGUGACUGGUCUGCCAGAGUAUGGCAAGUUGGCAUAUGUGCCGUACUAACGUUUAGUGGACUUUCCUAACAGAAAACCAUACCACAAUUUUGUACUACUAGAUCACAGUUCAGUUUUGAUCCCCAAAAGCAUCAUUUCGGCAUCACUUUUAUUCUCGGACAGAAGGAAAUCCGUAUCUGGCCCCAGGAAGGACUGUCCGUAUAGGAUACAGUUUUUCUGUUUCUUACUCAUUUUGUAUCCCGAGUUGCAUGUCGUAGUGAACAAUACUGUAGCUCUAUCACCACUCUGGUAGGUCUUUAUAUUGCCAUGUAAGUGCAAUUCACUGUAGCAUUCCUAACUGUAAUUUAUUUUUGUAAAGUGCACCAUGUUUCACUUUGUAUAUGUCGGUGUAAUCUUGAUGUAAAAAACUGGAUUAGGAAACUCUGCACUGACAUGCAUUUUGUAUGUACAUUGAUAAAGAACUGGGAGAUUUUAGUAUGCCUGCUGCAAUUUUAUAUGAUGUAGGAUUUCUCUAAGUAAAAUGCAUACUUUUAGAACUGU